GUUACGAACGUCGUUACAGAGUGAGCGCGCAGUAACAUAAAUCUUUGUGAUUGUGUUUUGAUAGUUAUUUUUUUACGUUUCCAGGAUGACUUACAAAACGAGGGCAACCUUAAUAUGUAUUUUGUGCACGUGCCAAAGCAUUGUUGGACUCAAUCAUGUAUUCUUGUGUACGUUUAACCAACAUCAAAUCAACAUAGAAUUACAGUGCAAGGGUGAUUCCAAAAUCAAUAUUGUCUAUGGAUGGGGUUUUGAAUCAGAUAAAACAUAUACAUGUGCAAACAACAAAUCCGCGACAGUACCAGAGGUACUUCACGCUUUGGGAAAAGCAAUGUGGCACAAAAUUCUCGCAGGAUGUGUGGCUAAAAGUUAUUGUAACAUUCCACAUUUUUCAGAACGUUUUCCAAACGAUAAAUCCCAUGGCAUCGCAAUUGAAUACAACUGUCUUCCAGAUGAUUCGUUCCUGCAAUUUUGCCAUCAAAGUUUUACUCUAAAAACAUUUUAUGGAAAUCCAAAUGGUGUUGACCUCAUCUUCAAAAGCGACGGAAACACUACAAAGCUGUGUAUAUGUGAUGUUGAAACAAACGGACACAUCGAGACAACCCUGACAAUAUUCCCAACAAAAAGUAUGACUCUGAAAGUUAAAAGUGGAGGAAAAGUAACACGUUACAAUAACGAAGUGUUAAUUCGAAGUGAAAUUACAAAUGGCAACGAUAGAAGCAAACAGACGUUUGUUGUGGAUUAUGCCACAGAACCUCACAACGGUGUUCCAUUUCUUCUUCUUCAAUUUUCAUUCUCAAUUCUUGGCGAUAUGUCCUUAAACUGUAGUGAAAAUCAAGCUAUCAAGCCACAAGAAAAGAAAAAAGCGUCUCCCUCAAAUGUUGAUACGUCAACACCAGAUAAGCAAACACCAGAAACAACACAUUUAUCAGGAUAUGCAAUUACAGCAACAGUAACAGCAAUGUCCACCAUUUUGAUUAUUGUUAUUAUUGUUGUCUUUUUGAAGAAAAAACAAGGAACAAAGGCAAACAAGAAAGACAUUUUGCCGACUUCUGCCAAAAAAUAUGCAAGAAAUAUGCAGGCAUCAUUCUCGGUGAACUGCACUGAUAGUUUAAGUCAUUCAUAUGCAGAAAUUGGAAGUAUUUCGGAUUAUCGUCAUUACGUGAUGCCGGAUGAAACAUCUCAGCAAAGUUUUAAGAUGAAAAUAUGUCUGGAAAAAGUUUGUGAUUCAAAUGAUAAUGAUCGACGAAAACCGAAUGUAAACGCAAUCGACCAAAGGAAACAAAAGUCACUACCAAAAGCGAAAAGUGCGAACAAAGUUGACCCCGUAAUCUAUAACGCUGUAAAAGAUGUAGAUAUUAUAACAAAGGAAAAGAUAGCUGAAAACAACACAGAAUGUAAACACAUUGAGAAUAAGGUUGAGCAAGAGCAGCGUUUACCUGAAAUACCGAACAAGAGUAAAGCGAACGAAAUUACAAGCAUUCUGAGAGUGUCAGGAGACAAACACAACCUUGAAAACGACAAAAGAAAAAUUUCCAUGGAGCAUUACGAUCCAUCUGGAUAUUUAGAUUUAGACAUCACCGAGAAGACAAGCCAUCAGUAUCUACAGAAAUGGAUGAAAGAAUUCUACGCAGUUGAGCAAAAAGCGAAACUAGAAGACAAACAACGGAAGGACGCAGAUGCACCACAAGUUGGACAGAGAAAAGUUUUGAUUGUUAAAAAUGAAAAAGCACCUGAACGACAUGGUAAUUUUUAUUCUUACGCAGACGAUCACAGAGUUGCCUUUUCGGACGAGGAGACUUUGUUUAAUAACCAAAAAUAAACUGUUCAAGCUGUUCAUAAUAGCCGCAACACUUCAGCAUUUUUCCAUCAUACUUAGGCAAAUGAGUACUAUUAUGGGUAAUAGUAGGUAUGUUCCGAAUAAAAUCAUAUACGAUUACAAUGGCAAAACUAAAACCUUUUUUUGUGUGAGAAAUUAACUGGAAUGAGUAUAUGACUUAAUAUGACCUAUGUAUUUUGACUGUCCUGUUAUACGUGUAUCUAUAUCAAUAUAGGCCUCAACAGACGGUAGGAUUUUGCAGUACAUUGCCAAUUAAAACUAAGAUGUACAAGCAAAUCUUAAUAUGUGAAGGCUACUAUUUCUUGAAUUUAUACAACUUAAUACUAGAUUUACAGGAUAGGACAUGUUCUAUAUCUCAAUACUUGCUGUACAGACCUCCCACGGUGACAGGUGACAUAUUUCCAAAUUAAUCCCUAAUAAUGUGUUUAAUGAAUGAAAUUCAAGAAUCAUUAGGGCUAAAAGGUGAACAUAGUUGUAAGUUGGGGUAAAAAUGAUGUUGAAAAAACUCUUCAGGAGACCCAAAGUUGUGGUAUGUUGGAAUCCCAAAUUAUGCAGAAAAUGAUUAUGUAACGGUAUUGAACUGUUCUCUAAUCAGGGAAGAUAGUUUGUAGUCUCAGUCAGUAGAGCGCAGUACGGUAUUCCGAGGGUCCUAGGUUCGAGUCUCGAUCGGGCUGCACAAUAAUCUCGCCCUGUGACAAUUAUAGACAUUUUUUUAACGAAAUGGAGGUGUUUCAAUCAUUACUCAUAGAAAAAAAAAAUGAUAUUUUAGAUAGUAAAGUAUGUAAAGAAUCAAUUGGGAGUGAACUGUUUUUUAGGGAAACCUAAUGAUUCAUACAAUGCAGAAUUACGGUCUGAAUGCAAGUGUUGUAUUGCUUUGAAAAUUGUACAUCAUAUCUCUUAUUAGUGUUGUACAAAUAAAUCCUACCGUCUGUUGAGGCCUUAUGUGAGUACAAAUGUAUAUGAAAUUCACCUGUAUGCCUUUUGAUUGUUUUACCUAAUUUAUACGUUUAUUUUCUUAUUCAGGAACGUCAUAGUAAAAAACGUGUGCAGGACGUAAAGCACGUGAAUUAUGACGUAAAGUACGUAAAGCAGGACGAAAAACACGAAAAUCAGGACGUACAUUCCUAAUAUUGAACAUGUUUCACGGGAAAAGCUUUUCGUCCUGCUUUGCGUUCUUUAAUUACGUCAUGACUUAUAUUACACGUGCUUUACGUCCUGCACACGUUGUAACUAUGGCCCUCCUGAAUAAGGUAAAAAAACUCCUGAUCUGUAAAACUUCGGGGGCGUGCGACGUUAUAUAUGUUAUCAUUACGAAUAUUAUUUUAUUGCUUUGAAUUGUUUGGUUUUUGUUUGUUUGUUUGUUUUUUCCUUACUUUACAAUCGGGAUGCUGGACAUUUAGCACGAGACAUGUUCAAAAUUAGGAACUGCUCUCAGAUAGGGAGAAGAACAACAGAGACUCUUAAGUGGUUCCAGUGGUAUACAGGUACAUACAAGGUACAUAAUAAUUUGCCAGAACUUACCAGUUAGGAUGAACCAAGUCUAAUGUUGUGCUUUGUAUAUAUUGUAUAUAUUGACCUUUGUGUAUGGUUAACUAGUAAUGCAAGUUUUGUGAGGAAGUUAUUUAUGUAUUUAGUUUUAGUGGCUACCAUGGAUUAUAUCUUACUUAAGGUAGUCUUACUGUAAGGCUUUGCCGCAAAAAAACUUCUAACUUCGGCCAAUAUCGUAGCAAAUCGGUUAUUUCCGGAACGUUAUUUUUUUCAAAAUCUUUGGCAUUAGCUAGAUAAUUUACAAUCAUUCAUCCUUUAUCGAUAUGUAGUAAAUUAUUCCGGUAAUAAAAGGUUAGAAAUUAUUGAAUACUGGAGACUGCGAAAAAUAAAUUUCCGGAAAUGACCCAUUUAUUACGAUAUUGGCCGAUGUUCGAAUUUUUGGCGGGAAAGCAUUACAGUAAGACACAUAAUAAGUGACCCCUCCUUCAUCAGUUGCUGGCAAAGCAGUAACAUUAAGAAAUAUAGUGCUUUCUUCAUGGACAUUCUUUAAAUGACAUUUAUUUUGAAAUACUUUAUUUAUCAUUGACAUCAUUAGACUACAUAUGACCAACCUGAAUUAUAUCUACGUGUAGAAGAUGUCUGUUUAUUUUGAAUGAAAAUGGUAUAUAUUACACUUAAAAGUGAGACAAAAGUAAUAGCUAGUAUGCAGUGAAUGUGUGGAUUUUUUUCUCACUUCGAUAUCGAUAUCGAUGUUUUCAGUAUUCAAUUUUAGAGAAAUUAUGCUAUUGGAAUCGAGAAAUAUGCCACUUAGAACACAACUCAACAUAAACUUCUACUUAAUUCACGUAAAAAUUACGGCAUCGUUCAAAUUAAAACGUACGCCAAAAAUAGUUCUGCAGAGCUAUAUCACCAUACUAUAAUUAAGUUAUAUACUGUAGAUGAUAUGGCUUUUAUCAAACGGAUAGAACACAAUAUGUCACUGGCAAAUAUAAAAUAAAUUUGUUCUAUUUCUUUAAUGUUGAAACAUGGUUAAUAUAAUGAUUGUUAUACAUGUCUAUGACUGAUUAAUUUGUAUGUUUGUAUUUUAAAAUUGUAUUUAAUAGCCUGGGAUUAAGGCGUUGAUAUUUUUUGCUUAUUCAUAAAAACACGAUAUUUCAUACUCUUCUGUUUUUUUUGGAUAAUAUCCGAACAGAAGCACAUAAAAAUCGACAGACUGGAACUCAGGCUAUGUAUUUAAUAUAUGCUACAUAUUUGUUUAAUGUCGACGAGAAGCUGUUCAAGUCAUAUUGUAUUAUAAAACCUGUUCUGUUUUGUUCUGCUCUGCUCUGUUUUGAACUGUUCUUUUCUGUUCUGUUAUUCUGAAAUAUGUAAUUUAUAUGAAACACUAUUUGAGCCGUGUCACAUAAUGGGUUUGCGACCAGCAUGGAUCCAGACCAGCCUGCGCAUCCGCGCAGUAUGAUCAGGAUCCAUGCUGUUCGCUUACCAACUCUAUUACAAGUAGAGAAACUGAUAGCGAACAGCAUGGAUCCUGAUCAGACUGCGCGGAUCCAUGCUGGUCGCAAACCCACUAUGUUGGUUUUGUCGUCACGCGGCUCAUUUGUCAAAUAUUCAAACCUUUGUUAUUUAUGAUAUAGCACGUUUUCAGAGACAUAGAUAACAGAGAUAGGCAACUUCCUAGCCAGUUAAAAUAUCAUGCGUGCCUGCUAAACUUAAAACUUGUAGCAAGUAAAACUUAUUAACCAGAAAAUCAGUAAAAUAAUACAUUUUCUGAAAGCUUUUGUUUAUGGCUGCAGGUAAAAAUAUUUACAGUUCCCAUUAAAAUAAAUGAUACAUCAAUUUUUAAAGAGAACUACGUAAUAAUUUUUGUUACAAAACUAUUCAUAGGACAAAAAAACUGGCUCAGUGGGUAUGUUCUGCUAUGUUUUUCUGAGUGAAAGGUAUGGAAAGUUACCAAUAUUUUAACAUGCAGCAAUAGAUAAAAGAUUUACCUUUCAAAUGGUAUAUAAUAUUAAAGGAUCAAACGUACAUCCAUUUAGUUUUAUUUGCUACAAAAUGCCUAUUUUUUCACUUUUUGAUUGGCAUGAGUGAUAUUUCAAUGGAGUAUAAUAUUAUAGGAGCUGCUUAUCUCUGUUAUCUAUGUCUCUGGUGUUUUCUGGGAAGAAGUGCGUCUUCCAAUUCAGUUGUUAUAAAUUCUUUAUCUAGAAAUCUGAAUAAAUUCAAAUAAUCUU